AUGUAUUGCCAUUGUUGCAUUUAAAAUUAAAAACGACAAAUGCAACUUCCAAAUUUUACCCCCGUCUCCUCAAAAGUAAUCAGAUAAAAAUAUCUCCUUGUACAGACAAAAUUUACAAUUAUGUUUACCGUUUUUAUAUACCUACUCACUCAAGUAUAUAAGUGUUGAGCAUGUUCAGUUGUUAUUAUUCGAGGCAGUGGUCCUCUGGUGUUCAGUGAUAUUCGUGGCGAUAAUACAAUAGCGCCAUGAAUGCGGCUGCAACUUUUAAGUCUGUGGAGGUGAUGCAGAACGCCCUGAGGGUGUUGGCUACAUUACAACUAACGCACUACCUCUGGCCUCAUCAAGCCACUGUUCAUGAUGGUGCUAGCUAUGAUUUUAUCGUGGUUGGUGCAGGCAGUGCCGGGAGUGUCAUAGCUAACAGACUCACUGAAGUUGACUACGUCAAUGUUUUGCUCAUUGAGGCUGGUGGCAAUCCACCUUUUGAAUCUGACUUACCUGGCUUACCUUUGAUGAUGAAGAGAUCUGCCUACGACUGGAAUUACACCGCAGAGUACGACGGAUACAAAGAUGAGUGCCACUUGACACCCUAUUACGAAUUCACUUUAGGCAAAAUGCUUGGAGGUACAAGUUCACUCAACUACAUGAUUUACCACAAAGGACAGCCCAAAGAUUUCGAUUCAUGGGCUGAAAUAACUAAAGAUGAUUCUUGGAAAUGGGAAAAUGUUUUACCAUACUUCCUCAAGAGUGGUAGACUUGAAGAUGAACAGUUACUUCACACGAAUGACAAGAAAUAUUACGGAUCUGAUGGUUAUUUAGGAAUAACAAGGGAUCAUCGCCCAGAAAUUGAGAAGUUUUUGGAUGCCUACCGAGAACUAGGAAACGAUAUUGUCUUAGACUUUAACGAACAUCAUCCUCUAGGUUAUUCUGCACAAGCUGUUACCAUUUCUGGGCGGUCUCGCCAGAGCAGUGCUUACGCUUUCAUAUCUUCUGUCAAAGACCGUCACAACCUUCACGUCUUGAAGAACACAAUGGCUACUAAGAUCUUAUUUGAUGAAAGCAAAAGAGCUGUAGGAGUAGAAGUUGUAACUGAGGAUGGUAAAACUUUGAGUUUGAAAGCAAAGAAAGAAGUAAUUAUAUCUGCUGGAACAUUUAAUACUCCUAAACUGCUUAUGUUGUCAGGCGUUGGUCCAGAAGAACACUUAAAGAGCAAAAAUAUUGAUGUCGUAUCUAACCUACCUGUAGGAGAAAAUCUGCAAGAGCAUAUUUGCGUUGUUUUAAUACACAAUUUGGAUGAAUUAUCUGAACCUUUCCCUCAACCUAGUCCAUACGAACUGCCCGGAUCCUCAUUCACUGGAUUCGUUGCUCUAGACAAGAAAUCAGACUAUCCAGAUUAUCAAGUAAUUACUUACUUGGGUUCUGCAGAAAUUAUGUUGUUUUACUGCACAUUCGCUUUCAGAUUUAGAGAUGACAUUUGCGACGCCAUGUAUGCGCAAGGAGUAAACAGACUUCAGGCAUUUAAUGAAAUUCUAAACAUUGCCCCGAAAUCACGAGGCAAAGUUUUGUUGAGGAGUAACAAUCCUGCUGAUGAUCCUCUUGUUUACAAUGGAUUCUUCUCAGACAAGCAGGAUGUAGAAGAUCUAGUUGACUACAUACUUGAUUAUGUUCCCAUCAUGAAUACUACUUAUUACACUAGCGUUAAGGCUGUAAUGUCUGACGCUGACCCGAAAUGUAAUGAGUUUCCUCAAGGAAGUCGAGAUUACUGGCGUUGCUAUGUAAUGUGUGUGUCGUCUGGGCUCAGUCACAUGACCAGCACAUGUCCAAUGGGGACUGUGGUUGAUGGACGUCUGCGAGUGAAUGGUGUAACAGGGUUACGUAUAGCUGAUGCUAGUGUGAUGCCCACGAUUACUAGAGGAAAUCCUAUGGGCUCAGUUUUUAUGAUUGGAGAGAAAGCAGCUGAUAUGAUCAAGGAAGAUCAUGAUUUACUUUAAAUCAAUAUUGAAUCAUUCCCUUCUUGUGGUCUGAAAAGAUAAUUAUUAUUUUCUCUUUCUUUUGCCUAGCCUAUUCCGGAAAUGUAUUGGGUCUGGGUUUGCAAUGCUACGUUUUGUUUUUAUUUCGACUAAUAUUACGGGAAGCCUAGAUUGGCGUGUCCUUACUAAUUUAUAGGUUAUUUAUGUUUUUGUUGAAUAAAAGGUUUUGUAAAUAA